AGGCACCAGGAGAUUUGAGCAGAGCCCUGCAGGGAGAUGGGCAGUUGCCUUCACUCCCUCUCUCUCUCGGGGACUUGGUUGGUGGCUGGAAAAGUUGUCUUGAAUGAAGAGAACCAUGAGCGGUGAGUGUUUGUUACCUUAUUACACAGCCCACAGCUACCGUUCCAUGGGUGUGUUCAAUACCUCCAUGGGAGACCUGCAACGACAGCUGUACAAGGGAGGAGAGUAUGAUAUUUUUAAGUAUGCACCCAUGUUUGAAAGCGACUUUAUCCAGAUCAGCAAGAAAGGAGAGGUGAUCGACGUGCACAACCGCGUGCGCAUGGUAACCGUGGGCAUUGCCUCCACCAGCCCCAUCCUCCCGCUGCCUGAUGUCAUGCUGCUGGCCCGCCCAACUAAAGUCUGUGACGAGCAUCAUGCCAGACUUGCCCGGUCCUCCAGGGGGAAAGGGCGCAGGUUCACCAAGACCCUCGAACUCACCAGGCUACUCCCCUUGAAGUUUGUCAAGAUCUCCAUCCACGAUCGUGAGAAACAACAGCUGCGCCUGAAGCUAGCCACUGGUCGCACAUUUUACCUGCAACUGUGUCCCUCUUCUGACGCCCGAGAAGACCUCUUUUGCUAUUGGGAAAAACUUGUCUAUCUCCUGAGACCACCAAUGGAGAGCUGCAGCAGUAGCCCGACACUCCAAACUGGGGAUACGGCCACAGAGGAUGACAAAAGUUUGGCGACCCCAGAGUCCCCCGGAGAAAGGAUUGAGACUGGCCUUUACAAACUUCAGGAUGUGUCUGGAAUCUCCUCUUCUGCUUAUGCUGGGGGAGAGGGAAUCCAGUAUGCCCCCCGUGGCGGGACAUCCAUAGGCCCGAAAACCCCCACGAAUGCACGCAAACCAGCAGGAGUCCCGGCUGGGGCCGGGGGCGUGGCUGUCGCUGGGACCCGCUCGAGCCCAGCCGCGGGUCUCGCGGUCGCUGGGACCCGCUCGAGCCCGGCCGGGGGCGCUGCGAGCCUCGCCGCCACUAAGAUUGAGGGCCCGAGUUCGAGCCCCGGCAGCGCGGCCGUGGCCGGAGCUGCCACCAAGGUCUCCAGGGAAAGCGUCUCUGGCAAGAUGAUCGCAGCUGCUGCCAACAUCUCCACCGAGAGCACCAGCGCGGCCCUGGCCGGCGCGGCCAGCACGCCCUCGGUGUGCGAGUCCUCCGGCACGGCGAGCCGCAGCACGUCCCAGCGCAGCAGUCUGAGCGUGGUGUUCGCGGGCACCAUCACAGCGCCCCUGCCCGCCGCCGAGCAAGCCGCGUGCCCCGCGCCCCUGGUGUCCACCCUGAAGAGCGAAGGCUACAUGAGCGAGCGUGACGGCAGCCAGAAGGUCAGCCAGAAGGUCAGCCAGCCCGGCGCCAAAAGCCGCAAAGACAGGAAGGAAAGAAGAGAAAAGAAAGACAGAACUUCUUCCAGGAAGACUUCCCGCCACCACCGGGCCGGGGAAGGUCACCACCGGGCCGGGGAAGGUCACCACCGGGCCGGGGAAGGUCACCACCGGGCCGACAAGUCCACUCGCAAAUCAUCCUCUCACCGCUCCGUGUCGGGCCACGGGAGCUCGAAGGACAACAAGAAGGACAAAGGGCAGAGCAGCCGGGGCCGGGGCCGCAGCUCCCACAAAAGCUCCAGCCACAGCUCCACCGGCAAGAAGGAGGCCAGGACAGCGCCCAAGGUGGCCAAGAGCCGGUCGGCCCCCAACUCAGCCGCUCUAAGCAAGAAAUCCAGCAAGAUCAGCUCUUUCUUCCGGAGUUUCAAAGUCAUUCCUGGCUCCAAAGCUCUACUCACCUCACAGGAAAGAGGGGUGGACAUCGUGACUGCGACCGUGGAGAAGCACAACAUAGAAGCUAAGUUGGAGAAAUGCCCCGAUCGCUCAGACGUGGAGAUCAGUGGGACUGUGACAACUGAGGUGAUGGAGGCCAUAUUCAUAGAAGCCAAAUCCACUUAAACCAAGCCAGGGCAGGAAGCUGCAGUGGAGAUCCAGCCUCAGGGAAGUAUCCCUACAGAGUAAAUUCCAACUUUCUUUAAUAAAAGAAGCAACCAUUGUCAAA